GCUCUUUCUUUCUUUUUUUUUUUCUUUUUUCUGUUAUAUUUCUCCCUUUUUCUUUCUUUAUCCCUCUUUCUUGUGUAAAUAUGUCUUCUUUUGUCUCUAGUUUACUUUCAAAGUCGGUUAAUACGAUGGUGGGUCCUGACGAAUUGACAUUCGACAUGCCUCAUGGGGUAAACUACACAACUACGGCAAAAGUGGAUCGAAAGGGGAUAUCGGCCGGGAUCCAAUUAGUGGGACUGGCUGUUGAAGAAUUCGAGAUUGGAAACGAUGCAGUGGGUUUGGAUAUCUAUCUUUCCGGUCUCGAUAAAAUCAUCAUGUCCUUACCAAAUUUGAGGGAUUUACAGACAAAGCAAAUCCUUCAAGAAAAAUUUCUCAGUAUUCAAGAGAGACUGGGUAUAAAACAAUAUACAGGCUUUACAAAACUGAAAUCAAACGAAGACAGAUUGUCACCGACAACCUGGCUUUUCUCUUCUCUAACAAACACCGAUACAUCCUCUCCUGACAGUACAGCAGCAUCAACAGGUGAUUCUUUUGUCAAAUUUCAACAAUUAGGCAGUACUUUGACAGAUGUGAUCGUUCAAUGCGUUGUCUUAUAUAAGCAAUCUCCACUCCCAGGCUUGUUGUAUUUCCUACUCUCCUACUUUGUGAAUUUGGUUUUCUGGAUUGAUCAGCAGUUUCACGUGGUAGACAAGGUUCAGUUAUGCAGUAUUGGAUGUAUCAAGCUUUUAUUGGCGGUGGAUGAACGAUACCAUUUACAUGAAUAUGCUUCCGAGACGGUGUGCACAUUGAUACGCCUCUACUUGAAAGCCGUUGUAGCCUAUAAAGAAACGCCUUCAUCCAAUCAUACCAGCAGCAUCUAAAUAAACAAUAACUUUUUUUAUUAUUAUUAUUA